AAUAUCCGCUCAAUAUAAUCAUUUUUAGCUGAAGUCCGGAAGCUGGAGUGAGGCUUAAAGGGCAGAUCAGAAAGGAGGAUACCCUUCAUAACCCUAGAGUGUAGAUUUUAUAUCAGUAUAUAUCAGUAUAAGGCGUUUUUACUGAGUUUAGUUUAGAAAUGCGACAGCGCCUGUAAUGUUGUUGUAUGCUAACUAAGGUGAUCUGUGGGCUAGCCUUCAUGUGAAGCAGAGGGAAAAACGUCAACACCGAGAAUAGUUGUUGAUGUGAAAAGUCUCCACCACAGUCAUGGGGAACGGAAUGAAUAAGGUCAUUGAUGGCCUGUAUUUAGGAAACGUACGAGACUCAGAGAACAGAGAAAGCCUGUCUCAGAACGGGAUUACCCACAUCCUCUCUGUGUACAACAAUGCCAAGCCUGUGCUGGAGGACAUGACCUACCUUUGCAUUCAUGCAGCAGAUGCCUCUAAUCAGAACUUAUUACAGCAUUUCAAAGAGUGUAUCCGGUUUAUUCACGAGUGCCGAUUGAAUGGUGGAGCCUGUCUGGUUCACUGCCUUGCUGGAGUGUCCCGCAGUACUACAAUGGUAGUGGCCUAUCUGAUGACUGUCACUAAUUAUGGCUGGGAGGACUGUCUGUCUGCGGUUAAGGCUGUGCGCUCCUUUGUAGGCCCUAACUAUGGCUUCCAGCAGCAGCUGCAGCAGUACCAGAUGACCCAAGUCUCAGAGUAUCGUACUUGGCUGCGAAUGACCUACAGAUCCAGUACAUUCAGAGAUCAGGAUCAGGUGGCAGCCUUGUUGGUCCAGUAUGCAGAACAGCAGGCUCAGGAACGACAGAGACGAGGAAAUCACGACUGGAUGAACCAGUCCACCAGCGUCUACUCUGUGCCAUAUGACCGUUACAGCAGCUCAGGCUUUAAUAGAUGAGUGCUUUUUUCAGCACCCCAUCUACACCCAUCUACACACACCCCAAACCCCACAACCCAUUAAGACCCCCCAAAAACUCAUCCCUGUCACUUUACCUUACUAAUCACUCAGACUUAUAAUGGUUGCUGCUAGGGGUACACAAAAGUCAUAGUUUGGUUUACAUUGUGUUUUAGACAUCAUGGUUUAGUUCAAGUAUGGUAUAAAGCACAAAACAAUGACAAAAAAAAUAUAUAAGACUAUUUUUUAUUUAUUUAAUAUAAACAGACUUACACUUGUGUAAGUUAUAGUCGGCUCCGUCUAGUGCUGUAUAAUGCCCCACUCAGGUAGUUAUAACAGAUAUUAUGUUUAUUAAAAUAUAAUCAAUAAAAUAAGAUGCUAAAGCCAUUGUAUAUGUCAAAUAUUUGUUCAUUUUCCAUCAUUUUAAAUCCACAGGUAAGAGCAGUGACAGAUAAAGUUUAAAGAAAAAUGUGUGAGUCACUCUCUCUAUAUGUGGUAACAAGAGGCAUAGAGAAUAGAGAGGGAAAAGGAACAGGAGGGGUACAGCAACACUAUCUAUAAUCUAUCUAAACCACUACAGUUAACACACAGUGAAAUGCCAUUCCAAUAGCUUACAGUUUAUGGAAUUGCUGUAUUUACCCCAAUAGCAACGUAUCACCCUGAACCAUGACUCCUGUAUCAUGCUAGUUCACUACAAAUAUACAUACCCUUACACCUCUAAUUGCUGCUUACCUGUAAUUUAAUCUACAUCAAGCUUAGCUGCUUAAACUAGAAUCAGCACUGCCACUUGCACUAGCUCUUAGUUUAAGCCUUUAAAUACACUGGCCUGAAAUACCAUAUAAUUUAACCCUUGAAUAUAAAAGCAGAGAACAUCCAAACCGUUUGCUUUAAAGUUAGUAGAUCCAGGAAGACUACCUUAAAAAAGCCAAUAUGCAACUUUGGGUGAUUAGUGACUGAAUUUAUAAUGAGUGUUUUAUUGGUUUGUUUUGGUUUUCCCUUUUUGUGCACAAGGACGAGCGAUUGAGAGACUGACUUGUUGUUUUUAAAGAAGCAAUGGAACCCAGCCCUGUUGUUGAACCUAAAAUGGUACAAGCUCUGUUGUCAGAGUACACUGUAAAUUAUUCACACCUUUAUAGUACAGAAAUUUGUACUUCUGUUCUGUGCAAAUCUUAUGUUAUUAAACACUAUUUAUGAACCGUA